UUAUUGUUUUAUUACAGAUUACACCAAUUGACUUUUUGUAACCCGUGCAGUGGUAUGCUUCUUUUUUUAAUUGCGUACCACAUGCAACGUGAACUAUUUGUAUUAUUAUUAAUAUAUAUUUAGGCGCCAUUUGGUAACAAUUUUAUAAGCGUAUUUAACAGUGUGCGUACUGUGUUUAUAUAAAAGUUGGAACAAAUGUUUGACAGAAGCGAUUCAUGUCUAAUGUUCACUAAAUAUCGCACAUAAGCGGGUAGUUUACUUGUACAAAAUUCGAAAUAAAUCCAUAAAAAUUGUUGCUGCGUUGUUAUGCAAGCGUUCCGACGCCCCCACAUGAAUAGCGGCACCGGCGUGAGAGACGGAAUACAUGGAACUGCUGUAAACUAAAAUUUACAAAAGCGUCACAUGCCGGCAACCAAAGCAGGAGCAACAACAAAAAUUAAAACAAGAAUCAAUUAAAAAUGUUUACUCGUAUUAUAUUGAACAUUAAACAUCGAUCAAAUGUAACUUUGCGCUCAUGGUCCUACCAAUUUGAAUCGAUUGUAGCGCAACGUUCGCGCCGAAUUCAACAGUUGUUUUCAUUCUACCAUCGGGUUUAUGGUUCAAAUGGAUUACAACGAUUGCUUCGCUCCUACCACAAACAGCUUGAACCACCACUUAGGGGUAUAAUGUUAAGUGCAGUAGGUGUGGUAGGUCUGAAUAUUACUACUGCAAUAGAAGCCGCAGGAUUCAAUUGGGACAAAGAACGUUUGAGUCUAAAAAAUUUUGACCUUUGCCGGCGUGAUAUUGACUUUCUAAACCAAUUGCCAAAUAAUGAACUAUGUCUAUUAUGCAAGGAAAAACACAUGAAAUACUGUUAUUGCUCAGUGGGUAACAAAAAGUGUCGAUCGGAAAAGGAUGGAGGAGAGAGCAUACGUAACUGCCGACGAUCACUAAACUUAACUGAAGAUCCUGCGCCUUUAGGACGCAAAGUUAUCGAAUCAGCAGAUGAAAACCUUUGGGAGCCGUACUUUAGUAAAGACGAGUUUUCUAUUUGGCGCCGCGAGGAAAGAUCAGCAAUGUACUCUUAUAAGGUAUAUGCCCGCUUCGAUGACGUCUCCGCUGAAGAUUUGCUACACGUACAGACCGACCUGAAUUACCGGCGGGUGUGGGAUGAGACUGCUGUACAGUUGGAGUUAAUCGAAGAAGACCCACGACCCAACACGAAUUCACAUCUCAUUUACUGGGAAAUGCAAUGGCCGAGACUUUUUUCUAAUCGUGAUUAUGUGUAUUGUCGCCGCUUUGUUACGGACGACAAGCGCAAUGUUAUGAUGGUGGCCAGUAGAGGUACUCAACAUCCUAAAUAUCCAGUAUUCUCUGGCAAAGUGCGAGUUAACGAUUACUGGAGUUUGAUGGUGAUAAAACCCUAUAAGACCUUCAGUGAACCGGGAGUACACUAUAUACUCACAUAUUAUGAUGAUCCAGGACUGCCAAUUCCACAAAAUAUAAAAUCAUGGGUCACGCAGAAACAAAUGCCGGAAUUUUUGCGAAAAAUGUACCUUGCGACGAAGCAGUACUCAUUUAAGCGGGCACUUGAGAUGCAACACAUAUUCAGCAUGUCGAACUUCCACCUUCAAAAUCAUGAAUACAUGGCCAACGAGUCGCGAACAAGCUGGUUUAAAAGAAUACUACGCACACGAGAUCCUGGAACAGGAAAAUAGGCAUAACAUCAUAAAAUGAUGCGAUUGUUAUUUUUUAGCAAAAUACCAAAAAUGAACGUAUAGCGCAGCAUAUUCGAAUCGAUUAUGGUUAUAUUUUAAUAAAUAAAAAUAUCUUGUCUUAUAUUACAAGAUUUGAAGUUUGGUACAUUGAUGGAUUUCCAGUUAUACAUUUUCGAUCUUUUAAAAUGUAAAAGUAAAUUUAAAACUUUCAUUUAAAAAUUACCCAUAUUCGUGCAAUAAUUGCAUUUUAAUUGUACAAA